AUGAUCUUAUAAAGCAUGUGUUAAUCAUAAUUUCAAAAGAAGCAAUAAAAGAAAAAGUAUAAAAUAAUGAAAGAUAUGUUGUAAUAAUCUCUUCAAUCAGAAAAAUUGUAAUUAACUCUUUUGAAAGAAAAAAUUGCUUCAAGUAUUUAUUUUAGGAAGAGUUAAAAAGAAAUAUAAAUUGAAAUGCAUCUAAAAGAGAAAUUCAAGAGUAAUACAUUAAUAUAGCUGAUAAAAAUGUGGGUGGAAAAAAAAAAAGUGAUUAAAUUAAGUAAUAAAAACUCAUAAAACAAAGUUUUAUGUGAAAAUUAUUAAGAAUAAUUAAGAUUUUCAAUUAUAAAAUAAAUGUUAGGUGCUGGUGGAUAUAUAAAUAAAGCAUAACAUGAUUUAUAUUAGAAAAAUGGUAAAUUUGAUUUAUUAAUAACUAUAGAAUAUACAUUAUUGAACAUAAAUCAAUUUUAAGAAUAAUUAUAAUACCAUAAUCAUGCAUUUAAAAAAAAUGAUGAAGAUUACAAAGAGAUUUUUAAUAAAGGUAAUAUUUAAGGGUAAUGAUAUCUAGCAAUUAUAUUAAAUAAGAUGAAUCGAUUUGAUGAAGCAUUAUAAUAUUAUGAUUAUGCAAUUUAAAAAAAUCCUGACUAUGCUGAAUCAUAUAAUAAUAAAGGUAAAUUUACCUAAUAUAAAAUCUAGCAAUUACAUUAGAGAAUUUAGAUCGAUUUGAGGAAGCAUUAUAAAAUUAUAAUUAUGCAAUUUAAAAAAAUCCUAACUAUGCUGAAGCAUAUAAUAAUAAAGGUAAAUUUACAUGUUAAGUGCAAUUUAGCAAUAAUAUUAGAGAAAUUAGAUCGAUUUAAGGAGGCUUUAUAAAAUUAUGAUUAAGCAAUUUAAAAAAAUCCUAACUAUGCUGAAGCAUAUAAUAAUAAAGGUAAGUUUAUUUGUUUAAGUAAUUUAGCAAUGAUCUUAGAGAAGUUAGAUCGACUUGAAGAAGCUUUAUAAAAUUAUGAUUACGCAAUUUAACAGGAUCCUGACUAUGCAGAAGCAUAUAAUAAUAAAGGUAAGUUUACUUAUUAAAAUAAUCUAGCAAUUACAUUAGAGAAUUUAGAUCGAUUUGAGGAAGCAUUAUAAAAUUAUGAUUAUGCAAUUAAAAGAAAUCCUAACUAUGCUGAAGCAUAUAAUAAUAAAGGUAAGUUUAUUUGUUUAAGUAAUUUAGCAAUGAUCUUAGAGAAGUUAGGUCGACUUGAAGAAGCUUUAUAAAAUUAUGAUUAUGCAAUUUAACAGGAUCCUGACUAUGCAGAAGCAUAUAAUAAUAAAGGUAAAUUUACUUUUUAAAAUAAUUUAGCAAUGAUAUUGGAGAAUUUAAAUCGAUUUGAGGAAGCAUUAUAAAAUUAUGAUUACGCAAUUUAAAAAAGUCCAGAAAAUGCUGACAUAUAUAAUAAUAAAGGUUAGUUAUUUUUUUUUUUAAUUUAGCAAUUAUUUUAAAUAAGUUGAAUCGAUUUGAAGAAGCAUUAAAAUAUUAUGAUUAUGCAAUUAAUUUAAAUCCUGAAAAUGCUGAUAUAUAUAAUAAUAAAGGUAUUUUAGUUGAUUACUAAAUAUAGCAAACACACUAGAUAAGUUGAAUCGAUAUUAAGAAGCAUUAUAAUAUUAUAAUUAUUCUAUUUAAAAAAAUUCUGAAUUUGAUGAUGCGUACAUUAAUAAAGGUUAAAUUUAUAAAAUAAUUAUUAUAGCAAUAAUAUUAAAAAAGCUAAAUCGACUUGAAGAAGCAUUGUAAAAUUAUGAUUAUGCAAUUUAUUUAAAACCGGAAAAUGCUGAUAUAUAUUAUAAUAAAGGUAAAUUAACUUGAUUAUGAAACUUAGCUAUUACAUUAGAUUAAUUAAAUCGAUUAGAAGAAGCAUUAAAGUACUAUGAUUAUUCAAUUUAAAAAAAUUCUUAAUAAGCGGAUACAUAUAAUAAUAAAGGUAAAUUUACUUGGAAAGUAAAUCUAGCAAUUACAUUAGAAAAAUUAAAUCGAUUUGCAGAAGCAUUAUAAUAUUGUGAUUAUGCAAUUAAAUAAGAUCCUGAAUAUGCUGCUGCUUAUAUUAAUAAAGGUAAAAUUUCCUUGAUAAAAAUAUAGCAAGUAUAUUAAAUAAAUUGAAUCGGUUUGAAGAAGCAUUAUAAAAUUAUGAUUAUGCAAUUUAAAAAAACCCUUAAGGUUACAAAGCUUUAUCUAAUAAAGGUAAAAUUUAAUAGAUAAUACAAAAUAGCUAAUACAUUGGAGAAAUUAAAUCGAUUUGAAGAAGCAUUAUAAUAUUAUGAUUUUGCAAUUUAAAAAAACCCUGAUUAUACAACUGCGUAUAUUAAUAAAGGUAAUAUUUAAUUGAGAAAUUUAUAGCGAAUAUAUUACAUAAGUUAAAUCGAUUUGAAGAAGCGAUACAAAAUUAUGAUUAUGCAAUUUAAAAAAACCCUGAAGAUUACAAAGCUUUUUCUAAUAAAGGUAAAAUUAGAUUAAAAUACAAUUUAGCUAAUUCAUUGGAGAAAUUAAAUCGAUUUGAAGAAGCAUUAUAAUAUUAUGAUUUUGCAAUUUAAAAAAACCCUGAAGAUUUCAAAGCUUAUUUUAAUAAGGGUAAAUUAUACUUGAUCAUAUAAUAUAGCUAAUACUUUAGAAAAAUUAAAUCGGCUUGAAGAAGCAUUAUAAUAUUUUGAUUAUGCAAUCUAAAAAAAUCCAGAAAAUUCUGAUAUCUAUAAUAAUAUAGGUGAAUUAUUUGAUUAUUAAAUAUAGCUAUUACGUUAUAGAAUUAAAAUCGAUUUUUAGAAGCAUUAUAAUAUUGCGAUAAAGCAAUGUAAAUAAACCCUGAAGAUUACAAAGCUUAUUUUAAUAAAGGUAAAUUUACUUCAUCAUUCAAUUUAGCCAUUACAUUACACAAUUUAAAUCAAUUUCAAGAAGCAUUACAAUACUAUGAUUAUGCAAUCUAAAAAAAUCCGGAAAAUGCUGAUAUAUAUGAUAAUAAAGGUAAAAUUUACCUGAUAUUAAAUAUAGCAAUUACAUUAAAAAAACUGAAUAGAUUUGAGGAAGGUUUGUAGUAAAAUGAUUUAGCAAUUUAAAAUAAUCCUGAAAAUGCUGAUGUGUAUAAUAAUAAAGGUAAUUUUUUUUCUUUAAAUAUAGCAAUUAUAUUAGGGAAUUUAAAUCGAUUUGAGGAAGCAUUAUAAUGUUUCAAUGAUGCAAUUUAAAAAAACCCUGAAGAUUACUAUGCUUAUUUUAGAAAAGGUAAAUUAAAUUAAUUAAAAAUAUAGCAAAUAUAUUCGAGAAAUUAAAUCGAUUUGAAGAAGCCUUACAAUAUUAUGAUUAUGCAAUUUAAAAAAACCCUGAAAAUGCUGAUAUAUAUAAUAAUAAAGGUAAUUUUUAUUUUAAUUAUAGCAAUGAUAUUCGAGAAAUUAAAUCGAUUUGAAGAAGCCUUACAAUAUUAUGAUUAUGCAAUUUAAAUAAAUCCUGAAAAUGCUAAUAUAUAUAAUAAUAAAGGUUAUUUACUUGUAUAUUAACUAUAGCAAAUGCAUUAGAUAAGUUGAAUCGAUUUGAUGAAGCCUUAAAAUAUUAUGAUUAUGCAAUCAAAAAAAAUCCAGAAUUUGCUGAUGCGUAUUUUUAUAAGGGUAAAAUUUUAACUUGAUUAUUAAAUCUAGCAAUUACAUUAGAUAAGUUAAAUCGAUUAGUAGAAGCACUACAAUAAUAUGAUUAUGCAAUUUAAAUAAAUCCUAAAAAUGCUAAUGCAUUUAAUAAUAAAGGUAAAAUUUACUUGAAACUAUAAUUUAGCAAAUCUAUUACUUAAGUUAAAUCGAUUUGAAGAAGCAUUAUAAUAUAACGAUUAUGCGAUUUAAAAAAAUCCUGAAGGUGCCAAAUUUUUUUCUAAUAAAGGUAAAUUUUACUUGAAUAUAUAAUUUAGCAAAUACAUUAGAAAAAUUAAAUCGAUUCGAAGAAGCAUUAGAAUAUUAUAAUUUUGCAAUUCAAAUUAAUCCAGACAAUUCUAAUUUAUAUAAUAAUAAAGGUAAAGUUUACUUGAAUGUAUAAUUUAGCAAAUCUACUUCUUAAGUUAAAUCGUUUUGAAGAAGCAUUAGAAAAUUAUGAUUAUGCAAUAUAAAAAAACCCUGAAGAUUACAAAGCUUAUUUUAAUAAAGGUAAGAUUCACCUGAUAAUAUAACAUAGCAAAUACAUUAAAACAACUUAAUCAAUGUGAAAAGGCGUUAAAAUAUUAUGAUUAUGCCAUUUAAAUAGAUCCUGAAAAUGCUAAUGCAUUUAAUAAUAAAGGUAAAAUUUACUUGAAAAUAUAAUUUAGCAAAUCUAUUACUUAAGUUAAAUCGAUUUGAAGAAGCAUUAGAAUAUUAUGAUUUUGCUAUUUAAAGAAAUCCAGAAACUGCUAAUGUAUAUAAUAAUAAAGGUGAAAUUUACUUGAUCAUAUAAUUUAGCAAAUCUAUUACUUAAAUUCAAUCGAUUUGAAGAAGCAUUAUAAUUUUAUGACUUUGCAAUUUUAAAAAAUCCGGAAUUUGAUGAAGCAUGUAUUCAUAAAGGUAAAAUUUACUUGAAAUCAUAUUAGCAUUAACAUUGAAAAAGUUAAAUCGAUAUGAAGAAUUAUUAUAAUUUUAUGAUCAUAUUAAAUUAUUAAAAUAGUUAAAGAGGGAACCAUUAGAAAAUUGA